ACGCUCUUCAUGCUGCUCCAACGGCAAACGACUGCAUCGGGCCGAUGCGGGUCCAGGGUCAUCCUUAUCAACUCCAGUCAGCACCAACAAUUGACAUGUCUCUCUCCAGGUCGGCUAGAACCGCCUUUUGGCAAAACACGCGUGCUAUCGUGAUUGUAGCGCAAUUGUUGCCUAGCUGUUGCUAAAACCUGAACCCCAGAAUCUCCCUCUCCUGCUUUCUCUUUUUCUCCCUUCGAAACGAUACUCCACACCCCACGCCCAGAUGCGUUUUCUCAGCAGUGCAGCCCUAUUCGGCCUGGCAUAUGCCUCCACCCAGGCCGUACUCCAGCCAGAGGAGCCGUCCGACUUCCGCACAUUCCACAGCCCAUAUUCCCCGCAUCACUCAAUCCGCAUCCGCCAGCAGAAUGAAUCGCUCUGCGCUGCCCAUUCCGCCCAGUACACCGGCUGGCUCGACAUUGGCCAUAAGCAUCUCUUCUUCUGGUACUUCGAGAGCCAGAAUGACCCUGCCAAUGAUCCCCUGACUCUGUGGAUGACGGGCGGUCCAGGCGGUUCCAGCAUGAUCGGUCUAUUCGAAGAAGUCGGGCCAUGUCUGAUCAACGAGUACGGCAAUGGCACUUAUUACAAUCCCUGGGGAUGGUCGCGGAACUCGUCUCUACUCUUUGUCGAUCAGCCAGUCGAUGUGGGCUUUUCGUACGUUGAUGAAGGCGAAGAACUGCCAGGCGACUCGCAUCAAGCUGCAAUUGACAUGCAUCGGUUCUUGCAGUUGUUUGUUUCCAAGGUGUUUCCGCAUUUGCAGUCCCUUCCCUUUCAUCUUUCGGGGGAGUCGUAUGCCGGUCACUAUGUCCCUUACCUCGGCAGCCAAAUCGUUCAACAGAAUAAGAUCUAUCCCAAUGAGCCCCAGGUCCUUCUGCACUCAUGCCUCGUAGGUAACGGCUACUAUUCGCCUCGCGACACUGCCUACGGCUACUGGGAAACACUCUGCACCACUAACCCUGGCGUACCCGAACCGGUCUUCAACAAGACCAGAUGCGACAUCAUGGCUGCCAACAUGCCGCGAUGUAUGGAGGUCUUCGACGUAUGCAACCGGAACCCCGAUCCAGCCAUUUGUCAUGCUGCGUCCGAAGUAUGCUACGAGGGCAUAAUCGGUUGGUAUGAUGACGAGUCUGGGAAGGGUGGUCGGAAUCGAUUUGACAUAACCGCACCCUGCGCCAUUGACAACAUCUGCUACAUCGAAGCGGUUCGUACCGAGCAAUACCUGAACACACCCGCAGCUUGGGCCGCUUUAUCGCCACCUAAGGAAAUCAAAGAAUACAAGGUCACCUCCGACAAUGUGCCGCGCGCAUUCGAUCGCACUUCGGACGAGAUGACGCCUGCAUCGGAGCAGAUUGCUUUUCUGCUUGCGAAUCAGGUACAUUUCCUCGCAUAUCAGGGAAACCUGGAUCUGGCGUGUAAUACGGCGGGGAAUUUGCGCUGGGCGCAUUCUCUGCCGUGGAGGGGUCAGGUCGAAUUUACCUCCAAGCCACUGCAGUCGUGGAGUUCGGUGGAUGUGGUAUCUGGAAAGAGUGGGGUGGCUGGAACGACCAAGGAGGUGAGGGUGAAGGUUAGUGAGAGUACGGAAAAGGAGUCGAGGUUUGCGCUGGUUACAGUUGAUGGAGCAGGACAUUUUCUUCCCCAAGACAGACCUGAUGUGGCGUUGGAUAUGAUGGUGCGGUGGAUCUCUGGCGCAUCGUUUACUGAGUGAUGCAGCAUUCGGCUUUGAGGCCUAGAAUAUAGCAAAGCGCCAGCCUUCUUUCCUGUCCACCGGAGUACUACGUAACUAAAACAAACCGCACGAGCUUAAAGUCGCGCGUAUUUCUAACCAGCUCCCUCCGCGUGAUUUGAAACCACAAUCUAUACGCUAGUCUCAGACUACUUAUUAUAGCCAUAGCAGAACCCGAU